AUGUUGUCCAUAUGUAUAUCAUCUUACUCAAAGCCUUCCGCAUAUCGGGUGUCGGAGUUGACACGGCAGAGUCUUGUCAACUCGAAAGAUAUGGUCGUCAGGGCUUCAUCUCUUAUGAAUUUGCCUCACCGGCCUAUUAUUCCAUUUCCUUUUCGAAUGGGACUAGAUCUGCUUGAUCAGAUUCGCAAGGUUAGUGCACGUCGUUAUAAGACAGAGUACUCGUAUAUGUUUCUGGACCCGACCGGCAAGAACUUAGAUGAACUGACGCAGUAUGUCGAAGCUGGGAGACUCAGAACAGUUGUGGGAACAAUCGUCGGUACCCGAGAUAUUGAAGUCGUGCAAAAGGCUUGCGAAGUCGUUCACAGCGCGUGGGGCGGGCUAGGAAAGUUAGUAGUCCGCGUUUCUACGCUCGAAACAGUCAUUUCAAGUUUAAUCCUGUUUUAA